AUGGGUUGCUUGCGAACAGUCGGCGCGUCCUACGACUCUGACAUCGGCGGACGCCUGCUGGUGUCCCCAAACAUCCCGAACCGUCGCCUUUACCGAUUCCUCCAUCCUCCAAAAUGUCGUACAGCUUCCAACAGCUCUGGGAGGGAGUGUCAUCUGGCAGCCUGGCUAUGUCCCGAUCCCAACGCAGCCGAACACAACCCCGACGCCGACUUCACCCGCCUCAACGACCGCUCAACCCACCACGCCGACGGCAUCAAGCACGGCAUCGCAACCCACAGCGACCGAGGCGUCUUCAGUGAGCGAUACCACGGGGAUGACGACGAGCACGAAGAUUGGUCUUGGUGUAGGGAUCGCGGAUACCGGCUCGCCGUCCGCGGAGUGCUUUACGGGUUCGGUCGAGACAGCUGGGAAGCACAUGAAUUCUACUCUGAGGGCUCCUUUGUGCUUUUCGCUAGCGACCUCCUCUACAAGUAA